CGUGCUGUCGUUUGCUCCAGCACGCGGGGCUAACCGCGCUGUUAGCUUACAGCUAGCUAAUUCAAAUGAAAAGACUAUUUUACUCAGUUGUAGCGGUAAAGAAUAUUUAAACUUGAUUUUAAAUUUGUAUUGCAUAUCAGUUUAACAUUUUAUACACAACAUUAGUUUUUGUUGUGGAAGUUUUCGUUGUUGUUGCUAAACGCAAGCAAACAUAAAAAAAACACUUAGCUUUGUAACAGUGACAACGGCGACUAGCUUGAUGCGAUACUACACAGCUCAACGCGCACAGCAGAAAAAGUUGGGAAUGUUUGUUUUUCUUUAAUUUAACAGUGUUUUUUGUUUGUAAAUCUGAUGCUCUCGUAAAGUAAAGUAUGGUGGUGCCAAUGUUUAAAGAAGCAUACGUGUGUGCGUUUAGAGGAGCAAGAUGAGGGCAAAAUUUCAACUGGGACUGAUUCCGACAUAUCAGAAAAGAACGAUGGCACCAAAUGUGAUGUGGAAUGGACGCAGGAGGAGGAUGAAAACCUCAAAAUCCUGGUCAACAACUUUGGCAAAAGAGAUUGGAAAACGAUUUCUAGUUUCUUACCUGGUCGGACAGAAAUGCAGUGUAUGGGUCGAUGGAAAAAACACCUGGAUCCAGAACUAAGCAGACACUGGACCAAAGCCGAGGAUGACAAGAUGCUGGAGUUGGUGAACAAGUACGGCACCAGAAGUUGGUCUUUGGUUGCCAAGGAGUUAACUGCGAGAACUGGGAAGCAGUGUCGAGAGCGCUGGAUCAACAGCCUGGAUCCAUUGAUGAAAAGGAGUAACUGGACUGAGGAAGAAGAACUCAUCCUCUUCAAGGCUCACUCCAUUCUGGGGAACCGGUGGUCCGAGAUUGCCAAGCUGCUUCCUGGAAGAUCAGACAACUCCAUAAAGAAUCACUAUCACUGUGCCAUCAAACGCAAAGCCGGCUUGGGUUUUUUCAGAGAUGCUGCCAACAGCAUUUCCCUUGACAUUGAACAAUUUGUGGAUAAAGAGGUGGACUUUAAAUGUGACGUUGUGAUAGAUACUGUCCCAGUGUCUACAAGUUCAGUCAAAUGUGACGAAGUCAAGACGCAGAAGGAUCCUCCGAAAGCUAAACGGAAGACUUCAGCUUCAAAGGGGGAGCUCUCCUCUCCCGGUUCCUCUUUGCCCUCAAGUUCAAACUCCAGCCCCAGCUCUGGGACUGCAUCAUCAACCAUCCCAGUGGACCAGAAGGCGUUUGUCGAUGCGGCGCUGAAGAUGAUCGCUGAGGACAUGCUGCCGCUCAGUUUGGUUGAAGGUGCAGGCUUCAGGUUGUUCAUGAGCACCAUCAGACCCAACUGCAACAAGCUGUCUCAGCGCAUUAUAGCCAUGCAGCUCUACGAGGAAGUGGAAAGAACCAUUAAGCCCCAGCUCAUCCGAGAACUCAAAGCCUCCCUCGCCACAGCCGGAGAUGGUGAAAGAGCCAUUCAUGUCACCUGUGACCUCUGGGCAGGAGAUCAGUCACAACCAUCAGACGGUCCGAUUCUUGUUGUUCAGCUCCAUUUUAUCACCGAUUCCUGGGAGAUCCGGCGUCCUGUAGUGGCCUUUCGCCACCUCAGCCACAAAGACCUCAGCACAGCUGUGGCGAAGGAGCUCGAAGGUGUUCUCCUGAGCUACGGCAUCUUUCCUCACAACAUCGGCAACCUUCUCGCCAACCAGGCCAAAGAAGUCCUGGCUGGAAACAACUUAUUCUGUGACUACAAGAUUGUUUGCUCCUCUAACAGAGAUCCAGAGGGAGAUGAGAUUGUGGCUUUUCUCUCCAACCAGAUGUCUGAAACAGAGCUGCCUUUUUCUGAGCUGCAGAUUGGGACCAAAAUGGCCUGUAUGGCCAGAAGACUGCAGAUGGUGAUCAAGGAUGCUCUGAAAAAUUCCAGAGUUGUUGAGAACUUGCUUUCACAGGCUCACAACGUGGUGGCGUUCUUCAAGAGCAGUGCCUACUGGAGUGAGAUUUUGUUGAAGGAGAGCAACAUGUCUAUGUGCCCUUCGUCCUCCAACUGUCGCUGGAACUCCAUGAUGGUGUCACUGAGGCGAAUGGUCCAGGAGAAAACCUGGAGCACCGUCAUGACUCUGUUGGCCCAGGCCCGCAUCGAGGCCACAGACGCGACCAGCGCCCCACCUCUGGUCAUGGUGAAGAGGGACCAAGUGAUCGACAUCCUGGGUCUCCUGGAGCCGUUUGAGGUAGCUUUGCAGAUUCUUCAGGGAAACUCUGCGUCCAUGUCUGUUAUCAUACCUUCCCUCAUUAACUUGGAUAAAACAUUAGAGAGCCGCAUCACCAACUACACCCACUUCUGCAAGGCCUUGCGCACCGGCCUCCACACACACUUCCAGUCUGUCAUUCACCAGAAAGACGUCAUACUGGCUGCUGUGCUGGACCCAAGAAUCAAAGUGCAGCCAUUCCUUGAUAUAAAAUCAGAAGUCCAGACGGAGUUUCUAACUCCUCCAACGAAGAAUGAAGCUGCAGCGAUUUUAAGGUCCGCAUGGCAAAGCAUGGAAUCCUCCACAUGUCUGCCUUUAGAGGUGGAGGCGGUGCAGAAAAGUACCUCAUUAACAGAACAGAGCGUGAAAGAAGAGAGCCAAACCUCCGUGAAAACAAAUCUGAGCUCUGAUAACGGCUGCGGUGACGGCAACGACCUCAAGCGCAAGUCUGCCGUCAGUUUCCACCAACCCCCUGCAAAGACUUUGAAAAUGUCGGAGCUGGAUCUGUAUCUGUCACGGUCGCCGUGGAAACAGGGCACCAGUCUGCAGUUCUGGUCGACCGCGACCAAUUUCCCCGUCCUCGGGAACCUGGCCAGGAAGGUGCUGGCUGCUCCAGCCACCUGCGGAGGCUUUGACCGUCUUUAUCCCAUGUCGUCGUGCAUCAUCCGGGCGAAGAGGAACCGCCUACCGCCCCACACCACCGAGAGGCUGCUUCUGUACAGGAACUCUAUGAAGACCAAGGCGUCUAAGAAGCCCAGCGAAGCUGCUAAAAACUGAACCUUUUUCCUCAUUGCAUUGUGUUUUUCUCUGUCUAGAACUGAAACAUUCAGAAUGUCAGUUUACUGAAAACAAGUCAGGUUUUUGCACAAUUAAAAUGCUGUUACUUAAAAAAUUAUUAAUUUAAAGAAGAAAAGCCGGAGCAUUAUUGUAAUGUGUUUGGAUGGCUCCGUUAAACUAAAAGGCUUACUCUCCCCACGUACAUAACAUAAAAAAGAAAAGGCUAAUUUUCUUACCUGGAAUUUUUUUAGCAUUUGGACAUGUUUGCAUUAUGCAGAUAAAAAUGGUUAGCUUACGAUUUUUUUUAACUGCUAAAAUGUUUUUUUGGUUUUGUUGUUGCUUUAAAGCCUUAUUGAAAUUGAGUUUGAUUUGUGUUUGCAGGCAAAUGUUUGGUCCAAGUUUUCUAAAUCUCUCAAAAGUGAUAAAAACAUUUUUUACUUUUGUAACUGCAAGGUUUUGUAGCUCGUUCUAUUUAUUCAUUUUUAUUGAUUUGUUUUCCCUCUUUUGUUCAAAAUCUUGAAAGGAUUUAUAUAAAUGUAGUAUUAUCUUAGUUUUUUCCGGUAAACAUUUACAUAGAAUUGUUGUCGCGAUCAAUUAUAAAAUGUACAAGAACACACUUGUUUGACGUUUUAUUUCAUCAUUUUUAAUGUUUUUUUUUUCAGUUUUGUUUGAUGGAAGUUAAGUUCUCUUCUUGGAUCUCUGAAAGAAUUUGUCAGAAUUUGUUGGUAAAGAGGAAAAAAUUAAAUCUUAAGAAACAAAAAGAUUUACUUGUACCUAAUGUACCUUGUACCUAAUUUUGAUUACUAUAUUUAAUUGCCAGGGUAAAAAAAAUAUUAAAACUUUUUAUGACAACAAUUAAUAAUUGACACAUCCACAUAAUAUAAAAGCAACAUCACCUUUUCUGCAUUGAUCUGGAAAUAAAGAAAAAUACUGAACAAUGAA